AAAAAAGAAAUUAAAAUAAAAUAAAAACCUUUCUUCUCCAAAAUAGAAAGAAAACUUGCAGACUGAUCGCAUUCCAUUUCCAUCAAAUCAAUAGCUUAGAGUCCCUAGAAAACCCCUACUCCUCUACUACUUUCUUCAAAUUCAAAUCAAACGGUCUUUUUCCCUAUUUACAUUUCCUCUCCUUUUAUACGAAGUAUAACUCUCCCUGUCUUCUUUUUCUUCACUGCUCUUCCAUUUCAUUUCAAAUUUAAACCUUCAAAAACAAAACAUAAAAAUAAAUUUUAAAAGGGGAACUGAAAGAAGCAAAGAGUGAAAAGAUGGGUGCUGAUAAUUCUUCUACUAUGAAAAGGGAGAAAACAGUAAUUUCAAAGAAGGAUAUGAAGAUGGCUUUAGUUGCGAAAAGAAUUUCUAUGCUUCAGGAUGAUCAUGAAGAUGAAGUUCACCCUGUACUAUGUCUAGAGAAUCCAGUGCAAUGUGAAAGCACCAAGCUGUUAAAGGACAUUAGUGAUGAUACAGACACACUAUCUGAAGAUGUUGUAUUAUCAAAUCUCUCGAAAAAUCGAACGCAAGUUGGAAGCCACAAGCGAGCAAGGGUUGUUAGUGACGAUGAGUCCUCAGAGGAUAAAGAACUCGUGGUUUGGGCUCCGCUACAAAAGAAAGGAAGAACUAAGAGGGUGGUCAAAUGCAAUGAUUCAUCUGAUGAAGAGAACGCCAAGGGUGCUGAUAAUCCAAGAACACAAAAAUUUCAAAGAAUGGAUCCUUUAUGUGACAAGCCAUCUUCCAUGAAGCGAGCAGAAGAGGUCCAAGCAAAUCUGCCAGCUGAAUACCCUAGCUUUGUGAAAUUGAUGUUAAAAUCACAUGUUUCUGGGGGAUUUUGGUUGGGUCUGCCGAAGAAAUUUUGUGAUCAGCAUCUCCCUAUAUGUGACAGUAUAGUAGUGUUAGUCGAUGAAGCUGGAAAUGAAUCUAGAACCAAGUAUUUAGUCGCCAAAGCAGGCUUGAGUGGCGGGUGGAAGGGCUUUUCUGUUGCUCAUGACUUGCUUCCCGGUGAUACGUUGGUUUUCCAGCUGAUUACCCCUACAAAAUUUAAGAUAUAUAUUGUAAGAGAACAAACUUUUUGUGAAGUUGAUGGAGCUUUAGGGCUACUAACCUUGGAUGCAGGUGCAGGACACCAGAAAUCAGAGGUCAGUAAUCAAAAGUUCUUACAAACAGAAGACGACUACAUUUUCACGGAAGACCUGUCCCGAAGCAACAGUGAUGGUGAGUUAGGAUCUGAAGUACUUGACGGUAUCUGUUUCUCUGAUUCUGACAUCAAGUUCGAACAAGUGAAAGGCUUCGAGGACUUCCACAUUGUUGUGGACGGCCUCAUAAUCGACUCCAAAUUUACUGCCAAUACUAGGAAGAAGUACUAUGAGCUCUGCCAAAGCCAAAGUUCAUUUUUGCAUGAGAACUUUCUUAAGGGACUCAACUGUAAUUUGGUGGUUGGGGUCAUUUCAGAGACAAUCAACAUUGCAGAUGCCAUUAAGUCCUGCAAAAGGGGUUCUUCUAUUUCUCAUGAAGAUCUUCAGACUUGGGACAAAACAUUGAAGGGAUCCGAGUUUCUAGGCAUGAAAGUCGAUUUCUUGCGUGUGUGCAUUAACCAACUGCUAGGGAUUGCUGUGGAAUCUAGCACAACUAAUGAAUCAAACAAGUUGAAAGAACGUAUAACUAGGCGAGCUUUGGCUGGGGAGAGGAUGAAGACACUUGAGGUUAAACUUACACAGUUGAAACAGACGAUGGAGAAGAUCGAUCUCGAGAUGGAUGAUGAGAUAAAGAUGGCAAAUGCAUGGAAACAGGAGGGUAGUAUUAUUAUGGAAAUUCCUGCUGUUUAACGAUAGGUAUAUCAUUUGUCCCCAGAAUUCGAAAACAGUCUCGUUUUGCAGGGCAGUUUCUGUACUACAACAUUUUGGCCUUGUAUAUUCUAGGGGAUGGUAAAUUUUUUGUAUAGUUAAAACUCAAAAAAAUCACAGAUAAGACCAUCUGUAUUUUAGGGAGCAAUGCUGAUUGCUGAUUGCUGAUCAUGAGCUUAUUGUUAUACUUCAUGUUAAUGAUCAUUUUGGGCUCACUUGCAUUUUUA